AUGCCACUUACUCAAAGCCUAAGCAAGCAAGACCAAGCAAGAAGGGCAACACAAGGUCUAGAACAGCAACAACAGAAGUCAGCAAAGGAAGUAGCAACAGAAGGAAGAAGCAGCAACAGAAGUCAGCAAAGGAAGCAACAGCAGAAGGAAGAAGCAGCAGAAACCAGCGGUAGCAGAAGCCAUCGAAGGAAGCAAAAGGAAACGAAGAAGAAGAAGAGAAGAAAGUCAAUCAUGAGGGCUGGUGGGGAGUUAGUGGUGUCAGCCAAAGGGGGAGUCAGCGAGGAAGGAAUUCGGCUAGAGGUCAGUACUCUCAGUGAGGCCGAGGAAGUGAGGGGUCCGAGUGGUGUGGAGGUGGCCAAUGCGAUCCGGGACAACGGAGAGGACCCUAGGGGUGCGGCGGAGGGCCUCGGCCUGGGGGACUGUAAGGCGGGCAGAGAGUAA